UACAGAAAACAUGAUAAAAUUCGUGAAUUUGUAAAUAAAAUAUAUUUAAAAGCUCCCCAAACGAGCAAUAAAGUGAGUCUAGUUUUGUAACUUCGUGCACCUAUUGUUUGCAAAAGCCGUUUUCAAUGUUCAACAUACGUUACCUCGCCCGAAGAAUCAUUGGCAAUGAGCUGCUGCAGUCUCGAAUAUGUGCUUCCAUUAGUACAAGUGUCCACCAGCGGCAAAUGCAUUUCACUUCCUCCCUCUACAAGCGGCGCAAGACGGCAGAAGAGAAGCAUGCGAUUGAGUACGCGCCGAAGAAAAAAAAUAAACCCCAGAUGUCGGGUGUGGUAGAUAUCUGGCGGAACAUGACCGUUGCCGAUUUGGCUCAAUCGUGCCGACUGGACCUGGAACACAUCCAGGAAGUUAUGCUGUAUGUCAAAGGAGCCGGCAACAUCGAGGCACAGGCGAGGCUGGAGGAUCCUAAAGUGGUCAAGGACAUUGCCAGUAAGUGUGGCUUCAAGACGAAGAUUGUAGCUGCACCGGUCGUUGAGGAGGAGGUGCAGAAAGAUCGUGAUGUGUUGCCAAGGCCUCCGCCACCACCAGAGAACCUCAAGGAACGACCACCCGUCGUCACGGUGAUGGGUCAUGUGGACCAUGGCAAAACGACACUACUCGAUUCGCUUCGUGGAGCUUCAGUGGCGGCAAGUGAAGCCGGUGGUAUUACGCAACACAUCGGUGCCUUCACGGUGGAGCUGGAAAACGGUGAGAAGGUUACCUUUCUCGAUACUCCGGGACAUGCGGCAUUCAGUGCGAUGCGUGCACGUGGUGCUAACCUGACGGACAUUAUCGUGCUGGUUGUGGCGGCCGAAGAUGGUGUGAUGCAGCAAACCAAAGAGGUGCUCGGGCUGGCCAAAGAACUCUCCGUGCCGAUCAUCGUGGCCAUCAACAAGAUCGAUAAACCGGGUGCGGACAUAGAGCGAGUCAAGAAAGAACUUUCCCAGCACGGGAUCGCAUUGGAAGGGUACGGUGGAGAUACAAUAGCCGUGGGCGUAUCGGCCUUGCACGGAACGAACCUAGAUGAACUGACCGAGGCCGUAAGUACGCAGGCAACUCUGAUGGGACUGAAGGGCGAAUACACCGGGCCAGUGGAGGGCAUCGUGGUGGAAUCGAAAGUAGACUCUCACCGAGGGAAGCUGUCAACGGCCAUCGUGUCCCGUGGAACACUUCGCAAAGGGUCCAUCCUGGUGAGUGGCCAGGCGUGGGCAAAGGUGCGAGGAUUGUUUGACCACGCUGGACAACCGAUUUCGCAGGUAACGCCCGGUAUGCCGGUGGAGAUUCUCGGUUGGCGUGAGCUUCCCCUUGCCGGGGACAUAAUUCUUGAGGUAGAAUCGGAAAAGGUUGCCAGCUCGGUGCUCCGGUGGCGUGCCAACCAGGCAAUGAAGGAGAAAGCGCUCAGCGAUGCGGAAGCAAUCAAUCAGAAGCGUAAGGAACACGACGAGCAGUACAAGGCGGAACGGGAAAAGGCUCGCCUGUCCGGGUUCUACCGGCGCAAACAGCUAGGCCCGCGACAAAAAGAGAUCGCUCCGGACGAUGGAAAACCCCGGUUGAACGUGAUUAUCAAGGGCGAUGUGCAUGGCUCGGUCGAGGCCAUCCUGGACGUGCUGGAAACGUACGACGAUAGUGACCGCUGUCGGCUGGACGUCAUCCAUUACGCGGUGGGAGACGUGAACGAGAGCGACAUCGAGCUAGCGCAGCUUUUCAAUGCCAUCAUCUACGCGUUUUCCGUAAACGUUCCGAACAAACCGGCGAAAGGAGUCACGAUCCGUCCGGUGGACAUCAUCUACCGGUUGGUGGAUGAUUUGAAGAAAGAGAUCAACACCAAACUACCGCUGGUCGAUGCGGAGGAGGAGGUAGGCGAGGCCAAUGUGUUGCAGCUGUUCGACAUUAAUGAAGGCCGCCGAAAGGUGACGGUGCUUGGAUGCCGUUGUACCAAGGGUAUGCUGAAGAAAUCGUUCAAGUUCAAGGUGAAGCGAAACGGAGAGCUGAUGGCCGAAGAUUUGACACUGGAAUCAAUGCGGCACCUGAAAAACGAAGUCGACAGCAUCAAGAAGGAUGUCGAGUGUGGCUUACGCUUGGAUGAUCAGUCGCUGGAGCUGAAAGCUGGCGAUACUAUCGUCUGCUACCAGAUAAACAAGGAACCCCAGCAGACCGAAUGGGACCCUGGAUUUUAAAAAGACUGUCCAUCGUAAAGAGAGCGCUUUUGUAACUAGUAAAUAGAUUUAAUUUGGUGCAGAUAUGCUGAAUGUGCAGAAAAAAACUGUUUAUUAGAAA